UCGAUAUUGAAACAAACUGACCCAAUCUGGACGUCUCGCUUAUAACCACCACUGCGAUAUUAAAUCCAUGGAACAAAGCCCGUAUCCCUUCGCCUGAUAACGGUGAUGACAAUCACAGCCGAUAGCUUUUCGUUCAGCUAUCGCUCACGUCGGAAAAUCGAAGCUGAUGUGACAUGCGCAGAAACUGUGUCGUCUGCUAGCGGAGCCGCUUGCGCGUGGAAAGCGAGAUCAACAACGCUUUAUCGAAGACGGAGGCUGUCACUUGGAGCUUACCUGGAGCCACCUGGAGCCACCCGGAGUCCCUGGAGCAAUGAAGAACGAUGUAGAUAUGUCUUCUCGGGUGUUCAAGAACUAAGGGUGUAUUUUGGGGCAAUUCCACCCGCCCGGGAGCAUGGCAGACUGUUUGUCGGAGACGAGUACCCAUAAUGCAAUAGAAUUCUCCCGAAAUUCCACUUUGAUUGUGUACCGCUGUCGACAUCAGUUCUACCUCGCUUCCGGGAACUUAGUGCGCAUGUGCAGGAAUGGAACAUGGACAGGAUCGGAGCCAUCUUGUCUCGUAGACAGCGUCCUGCCCAAACAACUGCUCGUCCUUCUCAUCGUCGGGGUCACCGUGACCUUAUUCGCACUUUGCAUUCCACUCGACUUCUACCGGUUCCGGAAACGGAAACGGGAAUGCCGGGAAAAACAACAGCGUAUCAAUAUGAUGGUCCGGAUCCAACCCUUCCAUGCUAAAAUGAUGGGAAUCCAGGGAUCCAGCAUGGAGGAAGAGGAUCCACCGCCCAGUCGGAGUUUUGGCCUUGGAUCUCUGUUAGCUUUUUUCAGACUUGUCCGGAACAAGAGAAACCGAACAAAAAAGACGACUCCGUCUGAAACCCCCACAGAAGAAGAGAUUAAAAUCAACACCCCUUCUUCAACCAACACCCAGCCUGUUUUGAACCCCAAAGAGGAGCCCUCCGCCUCAAAGCCGCCAUUACAACCUAUCCUAGAAACCAGUCAGAAGAAAAAGACUUCCACUGAUGCUUCAGCAACGAGCAUAGAUCGAUUUGGGAACGAAAUCCCAAAUUUUCCGAGGGCAAAAUCUCUUGGAAGCGGAGUCGGGAAGACUGCUUCCAUACCAGUUACACCAAGGUCGGCAACAUUUACAGACUCACGAAGUUAUUUGUCGGAACAAAGGAGGAACAAUGUGCCAAGUAAGGGAAAUAACUCUUCAAAGGGAGACAACUCUCAUCAAGCCAAUGAGAAUGACAUGGAGAGAGGGGAGGAGAUUGUUGGUGUUGAAAGGUCGAAUACCAGACACCUUGCAACCAGGCCGUCCAAGAGCCUCGUUUUCAAUAACAGAUAUACUGUGACAACACGUGACUCGGACAGCGCCACCUCUCCAUGUAAGCCUCUUCCGUCUGUUGGUUCCAGCCCCAGUCAUUCGCCAUUAUGCGAGGUCAACAUGGGAUUUUAGUUUGAUGGGUUUUGUAGUUUUGGUUCUUUUUAAGUGAAAUUCCAAAUGUCAAACCAAUUGAACCAGUAUUUCGACAUGUGUAUUUCGUCAGUUGUUUCGACAAGAUAUUUUAUAGCAAUGUCGUGUCCAUUAAUAUAUUUAUUGAUAUAAAUGGACUCCCGUGAACCGUAGGACGGGAAGGAGAUUGUGUGAAUAUUGUUAUGUGAGUAAAAUUAGUUUACGAGCUAAGAGUACAGUAGCGCAUGUUUAUGAACUGUGUACAUAUUUGUGAUAUGUGUAAGUACACAAUGUUUUAAACACCGGGUCGACUUUCAUGCGUGUAUACUUGUGAGCAGAAACCCAUUAAUGUGAUCACGAAGACACCCGGUGUCGUGCCUGCAGUUCAAAGAGCAAGACGUCAGAUGACAAGAUAUGAAAGAAGGUCUCCAAUUCAAAUAAACGGUGAACGUUU